CUUUUCUUUAUUGCGAUUUAAAAUGGCAAGGCUGUGCAUUAUACUUUAUAUUAUAGAAAUUAUAUUUUUAACAUUUAGUAUAUGCAUGUCGAAUUUCCUUAGCAAACUAAGAAAGCAUUGCUGCAGCAGAGUUGUCGGGGACAGCGGUUUCUUCUGAUGCGAAUUUGAUAACUGGCAGGUAUUGUUUGGAAAGCCAAUAGGGCAACGUACCUGUCCCGUAACGUCACAUCGUAAUCCGGAUUUUAAACGUGGUGUAUUGUGGAAUGUAGAUUGGUUAUCGGCGUAAAUUGUUACACAUCUUUAGAGUGGCAAGGGUUUGAAAUUAGAAGAAGCCUGGACAUAGACUGUUUUACAAUACAUUAAAUAAUUAAUAAUGCAGUAUUUUUUUUUGUAGUUAACAAAUAGUCGCCCAAAACAGAUCAUGGCGUUGUUGAUUACAGUUUUCCAUACCCGGGUAUUACUAGCAAUUGCAUUAUGUAGGUAGUAGGUUGGUGUGUUAAUUACAAUGUAUUUGCCCAGACAUAAACGGCACCCGAAUAUUAUAGCUAUUACAUCUUAAUAUUUUGUUUAUAUUUUUCAACAUGGAAAUACACAAUACUACACAACGCAAGUAUUUUACACGAGAAGCUAAUUAGUGCUAUGACAUUAAUUUAUUAUCAAGUUGAACAUGCUUUUGACAAAAGCAACUUAUUUUUUGUAUUAUUGCUAUUUUUACAUUUUUAAAAAUUUGCAAUAAGUGAAAAGUUGUAUCAUAAUUGCAGAACUGGCUUUUGCCAUUAAAAAAAAAUAAAAAAAAUACUUUGCAAACUAUAUAUAUGUAUAGUAUUACUAAAGGAUUAGAUAAAUGGGGCAUUCAGAAAAAGAAAAUAGGAGGCACUUUUUUACCCAGAGAAUUGCGAGGGUCUGGAACCAACUCCCCUGUAAUGUUGUUGAAGCUGACACCCUGAGAUCCUUCAAAAAGCUGCUUGAUGAGAUUCUGGGAUCAAUAAGCUACUAACAACCAAACGAGCAAGAUGGGCCGAAUGGCCUCCUCUCGUUUGUAAACUUUCUUAUGUUCUUAUGUUCCUAUGUACUGAUCUGUAGGCCUAUAAUUCGAUUUAUAAUUAUAUGCCAUGUUCAAAUCAGAAAGUAAUUUAAAACCAUGCAUGCUAUUCCACGUCUCUGAACAAUGUCAGUGUCUAAUUCGAUCGAGAGCGAUAGCCUAUAUAAGAAAAUAACUUUAAAAAAGAAAACAUUGGUAUCAAAUUAGUAUCAAAUACAUUAUACAUAAUGUACAGUAAAAAAAAAAACGUUUUAACAACUAGUCAACCUUUUGAUUGUAGGCCUAUACAUUGUUUAGUUAUAUUUGUGUGCAUGGCAUGUCAUUGCACAAGGGAUCUUGCGUAAAUCCUUCACGCUGUAAUAGCUUUCACUUCUUAGCCCGUGGUCAAGACUUAUGAGGUUUACCAGGCAAAUCUCAUGCAAAUAAUUUAUUUAAGACCAUACAGGUUAAGAAGAGAAACAGUCUCUCCGAAAUGUCUUAACACUUCCAUACAAUAGGCUAAUAAAACCAUGGCACUCGGUUUUCUAAGGGGGGAAGGAAGACUACUGUAUAUUUCAAAAUAACAAACGCAUAAUGUCAGAAGAAGAAUUGACCUUAGUAUUCGCAAAAGUAAUUGGUUUAAUUGGUGAGCACGUGAACUGCUUUUCUUUUAAAAUGUGUUAUGCUGGGUAAAGCCAAUUACCAGGCAGCCUUUAUUGAAGUUCACAACCAAAGGUUUGAAAAUAUUUCAAAUUAAAAUUUCAAUAUGUUUAAUUUUGCAAAUUUCACACAAAUCAUCCUAGAUCAUGUGUAAUAAGGUUGUACGAUGAAUAUGCUGUUAUUUCAUUUACAACUAAUGUUUAACAAAGCUAACUGUUUAUAUUAUUAAUAAUAUUGUUUUACAUGUAUUUAUGUUUUAUUUAUUUUAGUAUAGACCCUUAUAUGUUGCAGAUUCAAGGUUAAGUACGUAUUUUCCCUUCGUGUAUACAUCGCUGGUGUCAUUAAAAUUAUCGAGAAUACGUUACACAGGACUGACGGAGCGAAAACAAUAGUCUCCUUAAUUAAUAGCGAAUCCAGGUUGUGAGGUUUAGCCUUUCUGAGUUGUGCUAUUGGAGCGGCCAAUUACAUGUUGUUGUGCUAUUGAGCCGAGAUGGCUAUGGAAAUGAAACAUUUUUCCAAGUAUCUGUGUUGGCAAGGAUCACUAUACUGCACCUGCGGAUUUGCAUUGAGCGAGAGGGAAAGUACUUUCCUUUAUUUAGAAAAACCAAAAACAAAAUAAACUACUCAUCCAUCUAUUAAUAUGUUUGUUUUGAAAAGGACCGGUAUAAAAGGUAAUGAACCGCUUUACAAGACUGAGAUGGUGGGGAAUUGAAACAUUACAAUUGAACCGUAAAUGCAUGCGUUCAUUAAAGCAAUCAAAAUGUAACCCUGCACUGUGCUUUUUGAACUUUAGGACAUCGUAAUUAUAAAGCACUUAAUCUAGCAUUAAAAACACAAAAUGCAUGAUUAAGAAAAACUACAGCAUUCUAAUUUACAACAGGCUGAACUAUUUGCAUUACAACAUCUCUCAUUUCCAUUCACACAAGUUUGCUUACAGCAUUUGUUGCUAUCCUGCACAGCUUUUUAAAAAUAUAUGUGUUAUCCUUAUUUUAUUUGUUGUAAAAUAAAAAUGUAAUUCGUUAAAUAAUAAUUAUUUUUUUGGUUGGUUACAAAUUAUGAGAUGUCCUGUCGCUUUCUUAUUGGAUUAUAAUAUGUAAUUCUCUCUCACUAUUUUAAAGCUGUGCUUUUACAUCCAUAUCUGCAUGCAAUGAUUUCGUUAAACUGAUAAUAUCUGUUCAUCUAUUUAACUCUGUUAAUUCACAAAUCUGUUGAUGUAAACCAAAUUUAUUAGGAAUGUCGUGCUGCUAUAGAAAACACAACCUCGGAUCAUUGGGAUUCCCACUGUGUAUUAAAAUGUCGAGGAUAGAUAGCUGUUUUAUUUAAAGAGCAUUGAUUUCUCUUCAAAACGACUAAUUACAUUACUUACAGUAAAUAGCAGGCCUGCUGUCAGAUUACACCAUGCCAACAAAAAAGCAAAUCACAGUUUAUUUCACUUGAUUAGUAUAAUUUACACAUGCAGUUGUGCCUUAUGGACUGAAUACCAGAGUCUGGAUAGUGUGAGGAACUGCAAGUCCAGACCGCCACGUUUUGUAUUUGUCUAUUAUACAACAAAAGCGGAGCAGUCAGAUUAAAAUUGGAUGCUGACUAAUUUCAUUUUGUUUGUUAACAAGCUCGGGGAGGUAUGUACAUGGGGGCUGUGCAAAAAUCAAAUCUGAUUUAGUGGGUGUUUUACACGCGAGUUUAAGGUGGAUGCGGGGGUGGGGUGUAGUAGGAUCCCUAAAGGUUAGAGGAGAGACGCCUCGCUACCUGAAGUUCCUGCAGAAUGGUUUGAGGUGUAAUCUAUACAGUUGGCAGACGCUACCCCUGAAGGGAUGGCGACAUACUACUUCAAAGACAAAGGAUUUAACUCCGCACACUGCUUUGCAAUAUGACACGUGGUAACGAACACUAAAAGUAGGUAGCAGACUAUCAUAAAUUAUUUGUUAUAAUAAUAAAUUAAUACAAACUAUUUAAUUUAAAGACGUUUGAAAUGCAACAUGGUUUCAAUAGAUUGCACAAAACAGCUGUUCGGUCUACAUACUUAAACUAUAGGCUAAACAAACUACUUAUUAGAACUGUCACACUGUUGUGUUGCAAUAAAGAUGACAAUAAACUUAACACUGAUUGCUUGUCCCUGCAUUAAAAUCAAAACAUGAAUUUGCUUAUUCGUUUUCUCAUUAUUGUAUACUGUGCAUCAUUGCUAUUUAUUUAUAUUUAGUCAUGAUUUCAGUAAUAUUUUCUUUGGACGUGUUAAAAUAUCCAACACAGUCAAGAAGUGAUCUGUUAUAAUAACACAUGAGGGUUCUUAGGGAUCUAUAGCCUCUCUAUUGAUAAGGAAACUGUUAUUAUUUGACAACAACCUGCUUGAGUAGCCGUGAAACUUUCUUGUGAUUUUUUAAAAAAAAUGUUUAUUAGGUUUAUAUUAAACUCAUCGCAGCAAAAUGGAAAACUUUUCGCUGAAUAACUUUUUACUAUAAACGUGAAGCUAAAUAUAUCACAGCAUUUAUUUAGCAAAACAUAUAACAGAAAUAAAUGACAACAUAUAGACUGUGUGUUUUAAACUGCAGCUCUGGGUAAGUAUCUGAAAAGGGGUUCUUGUUCCAAAGAUCCGGGGCGACGUUUGCUUAACUUAUCCUGCGUAAAAUACAAAGGACUAAAAUGAUUUGCAAUAAUUAUCCAAAUAAAAAGCAUCACUACCACGUUGCCUAUCUCUUUACUACUGCUGCCUAUCACCAGGGGGUUGAGAAGAGUAUGACAGGUCUUUGUUGCUGAACAGAAAUCAGUGGCAAUUCAGUGAGGGAGAACUCCUCCUACCCAAUUAUCCAAACUGGGCAGGCUUUUGCUCUCUUCACAAAUAGGACAGAGCUCUGAAAUCCAGGCAGUCCCAACCUGACCUUCAAGCACUUGGAACCCCUAAACGAAAUCAGGGACUGCAAAAAAAUACCGACCCUUACUACUAUUAUUAUUGUUUGUUCCACCACUGUUUAAUUUGGUUGCCUUAUUAUCUGGACUACACUUUUAUGCAAGCUCAUUACCAAGAGUGCUGCGAGGUUUUUUUGUUUGUUUUUUGUUCUUCUUUGCAUUUUUUGUUAAUAGUUUUAAGUUGUACUUGCAAAAGUUAAAGUAAGCAUCUGUGUGUGUCUCUUGCUGUAGAUAUUUUUGGAUGAUCAUCUAAUACUCUUGGGGUGUAUAUGGAAGUUGUGGGGUGUAGGGCAGAAGAAAACACUUGCACAUUCCGUCCAUCAGCCAUGCUUUUCCAUGGAAUCUCCGGGGAUCAUAUCCAAGGAAUCAUGGAGGAGAUGGAAAGGAGAUCUAAAUCGGAAUCUCACCUGGUCAAGGGGGUCCAAAUGAACGUAAGGGAAACGAGUAUGCCGUCUAUGAGUCCGGAGAAGCCUGCCUUGUGCGCUGGUUGUGGCAGUAAAAUCUCUGACAGAUAUUAUUUACUGGCGGUGGAUAAGCAGUGGCACCUUAGGUGUCUCAAGUGCUGUGAAUGUAAACUGGCCCUCGAAUCUGAACUCACCUGUUUCGCAAAGGAUGGCAGCAUUUACUGCAAAGAGGAUUACUACAGGUUCUCUGUGCAGAGAUGUGCCCGCUGCCACCUUGGGAUCUCGGCCUCGGAAAUGGUGAUGCGCGCCCGCGACUCGGUGUACCACUUGAGCUGCUUUACUUGUACCACGUGCAACAAGACGCUGACCACGGGAGACCACUUUGGCAUGAAAGAAAACCUGGUGUACUGCAGGGUCCACUUCGAGACCCUUCUGCAAGGAGAAUACCACCCCCAGUUAAACUACACCGAAUUAGCUGCCAAAGGAGGGGGGAUGGCGCUGCCUUACUUUAACGGCACUGGCACGGUACAGAAAGGGAGGCCAAGGAAGAGAAAGAGUCCGGCAAUGGGAGUAGACAUAGCCAAUUACAAUUCAGGUUGUAAUGAAAAUGAGGCUAAUCACUUGGACAGAGACCAGCAGCCUUACCCUGCCUCCCAGAAGUCCAAGCGCAUGCGCACAUCUUUCAAGCACAACCAGCUCCGCACUAUGAAGUCAUACUUUGCCAUCAACCACAACCCUGAUGCUAAAGACUUAAAACAACUGGCCCAGAAAACUGGGCUAACCAAAAGAGUUCUCCAGGUUUGGUUCCAAAACGCAAGAGCCAAAUUCAGAAGGAACGUUUUGCGACAGGAGAAUGGGGGUGUUGAUAAAGCUGAUGGCACUUCACUACCACCUCCACCCUCGUCAGACAGCGGCGCAUUAACUCCACCCGGCACUGCAACCACUUUAACAGACCUGACCAAUCCCACAAUCACCGUAGUGACUUCAGUGACCUCUAGUCUGGACAGCCACGAAUCCGGGAGUCCCUCACAAACUACCUUAACAAACCUUUUCUAACAGUUUACAAGACAUUUUAAAUGACCAGACAGAUCAUGGGAGAACAAACAAACAAACAAACAAACAGAAAUCUUGAUGUGUAGCAUUUGCAACCACUUGGCAGCUGAGUUUUUAGCUAAUAUGUUCAAAACUUUUUAUUUUGCAUUGAGGAAGUUCAGCAUUAUAGACAGUUGUUUAAAGUGAUCAUGAGUUUAUUUAUUCCAAUUUUAAAAAUCAUGUUGCAGCUCAAAAAUAAAUGUUUUACUUAUUGUUUUAAUUUUUUUAUGAACACAAAUAAUUGACAGAUAUGAAUAUAUGAUUUUUUCAUACCCAACAUUAAAUCCCAUCACUAUGUGCUAGAUUUGUUAUAACUUAAUAAUUUCCAUUAUGGAAAUAAGUAAAAUAUUUAUUUGUGAAAUGUUUAGUAAACUUUCUAAAAUAACUUAAGGAGAGAUUUGUUCUUUCUUUUUUCCCUUAUAUUGAGUUUCAUUGGAUUGUAAGAAACCAUCUGCCUAUCAGCAACAUAUAACCUUUAAAACUAUUGUAUGGAUUUGUUUUUAAAUACUGCCUACAUAUUUAUGUAAAAUAAUAACAUGUUGUAAAAGGUAGCAAUAGAUAAUUGUGAAGUACAAGGUUGUACACAGUAUUUUCAGUUAAUCGAUAUGCAGCAAAUAACAAGUCCUAAAAAUCUCAAAUGACAAUGUUCCUGAACUCAAAAGCCAGGUGGAUGCUGACCUCAAUCUAUGUUUUGUUUUGUCAUACUCCAGUUUACUGUAGCGGGAAGCUAACAGGACUAUUGAGAUCUGUACAGUGGUAAUUGUUCAUCUGGUAAUCUUGAUACAUUGUAUGAGAUGUGUCAAAUUCCAAUACUGACAAAAUUUGACUCAAUUACUUAUUGUUUUAAACUAAAACCAGACAAAGGGGAGUGGUAUUAUUAGCUAAUUGUUCUAAUAAAAAAGCACUUUUACCAAUGCAGGCCUCAGUGCCUAAAUACAAUGGUAAUGUGGUACACUCUUAUUACAGAUUACCAGUACAUAUUGUCUUAAGUGUAAUUAAACGUUGACAAUACACUGCCCAAUAGAAAAUGCAUUAUUAGAUAUGUUGCUCAGGGUGUUAGAAACUUACUGCUGUAAGAAAAAGAAAAAAAAAGAGAAAAAAGCAGGAUCUAGAGCUGAAAAGGUACUAAGAAACUAUUUUCAAAAAAUAAUGUCAUUCACAUCCUCAAAAAAAAACAUUUUCAUUUCAUUACGGACAUUUGCCACUGAACAGACCAAAAACAUGUUUCUUCUGGCUGAAAGCUAAGGAAAACUAUUGCUUGUAUUAAGAACGUUUUAUUGAAAGUGUCAAAAAGUUUUUUUUUGACAGAACAAAAAUGGUACUAUAGAUCUACUUGCAGUAGAUGCCUAACUCAGUUCUACUAUGUGCCUUAUGCUAUAACUUGGGAGAAAGUUUGUGAAAAUCAGGAUAUGUAUGUUGUUUGUUUACUGAUUCACAUCCUUCUGACGCCUCGCUAGUUUUGUACUGUUUUAAUUCUUAUUUUCUGAAGAUCUUUUUAUGGUAAAUCCUGUCGAAAGGGGUCAGAGAUGUCAUAGAAAGCAGCUGUGCACUCUUUCAGAUAUAGUUGGUAAAUCCAUGAAUCUUAUAUAUUGAUCUUCGUGUUUAUAGUACAGUAAGUGGUCUAACAAAAUUGUCCAUGUCUCUUUGUUCCUUGAUAAAGAUGGUGUAUAGAAGCUAUUUCCCCUUAAAUAUUUAUGGACCAAACAGUUGUGAUAUAUCUUAUUAAAUUUGUGUGAAUAAAGUACUUCGUUUUUAAUGAGUUUUAUUUUUUAUUAUAUUUUAAAUCAAAAAAGUGUUGUGUUUAUUCAAGAAUGUGUGGUACUUUAUACACUUUCUUUUUUCAGUGACAUCAUCUGAUUGACUAUCAUUUAGUAUCCGAAUGCUCAAUGCAAAUUGUUUACUACAAUUCAUUUUUAUUGCUUUCUUAUUUUUUGCAACGUAAUGCCCCACUGAUUUGCAAAUGAAACCCUAUAGAAAAUCAAUACCAAACAGAUAACUAUAGGUAGUUGUUAAUGCAUGAAAAUGUCUACAGUUAAUAACUUAAACUCAACAAAUGCUGGCAGGCAUAUAUUUUAUAACAAAUAAAACUAAGCAGUAAAAUAAAUGCAGACCCCUAAAACCCAGGUUGCUCUGUAGUUUAAUAAAUUGUUACUAUGAUUUC